ACAACCCUCGCCCCCUUCCUCCUCCUCCUCCUCCUCCUGCAAACCCCGUGACGCCUCUCGAGACCCGCCCUGCGAGGCGGCAGAGGCGGCCGCCGAGGCAACAGAAGAAGCGGCAGCGUGACAGACCGCCGCCGGGUCGCUAGUCGUGCCCGCCCAGCGCCCGUUGGCGGGAGCUGCCCUCUCCCCAGCCUGGAGGAAGGCGCUCCCGCAGCCCGCGACGAAGGGGAGGGAUGGGCUCGACCGAGGAGCUGCUGCUCCCGCCGCCCGAAUACGCCUUCGAGAGGGACUGGGAGCCGGCGCCAUCGUUGGCGUCUCCGGGCGGGAGGGCAGUCGCCCGGCACAGGCGGAGGAGGCAGCACCGGGAGCAGCCGCCGCCGCCGCCUAGGGAAGAAGAGGAGGGCGAAGGCGAGGAGGAACAACUGCAGGUCCAAGAAGAAGACAGAGACUACAGUAUUGAACCUAUUACAGAUGACUACAAAAAGAUGGGAACUCUCUUCGGAGAGCUCAACAAAAGCCUCAUUAGUAUUGGCUUCACAAGGAUGUAUUUUGGAGAACGGAUUGUGGAACCUGUAAUAGUCAUAUUCUUCUGGGUUAUGCUCUGGUUCCUUGGUUUACAAGCUCUUGGACUUGUUGCAGUCCUAUGCCUUGUCAUUAUUUAUGUUCAGCAGUAAAGCGCUAUAGAUGGUGGUUGAACACUAUGUAAUCUCUUGGUGGAUUUACAUAUUAAACCAAGCAAGAAUAGUAUAUUAAUAGCUGGUGUGCUGAACAUUAUAUUGCCACUAAAGUUAUGCACUCUUUCUUUUUGAACUGUCCUUAUCUUUGCAAUUUAAAACAAAGCAAAAAAUUCUAAAUGUGUUAUGAACUGAUGGGUUAAAGAAGACCUUAAUACAGGACAGUAGAAGCUAAUUAAUAGAAGAUACUGAAUCAUUUUAGUUCCUGUGGGUUCCAGUCCUGGAAGGUCUUUUUGGUAUGAAAAGAAACUUGCCCAAAAAUUAGGUUAGCAGUGGUUUUAUAUUUGUUCUAUGACAACUUUCCAACAGUCCUUUUUGUAUUGCAAACUCAACUUUUUAAAAUGCUGGUUUGUAUGA